AUGCAGCCCAUUGGAAUUGACCUUGGGCCAGAAUUAGUGACGGCGGCGUAUGCCUAUGAUACCGAUAAUGUUACUAUUAUAUCUGCCGUCAACGCUGUGGUAGAUGACCCUUAUCGAGAUAUCAUGCUGCGCUUGCAGCUGCUCUAUUCACAGGAACGUCCGUCGCCGUUCGCAAAGAAUAAACCUGCAACCUCUGGCACUAUCAAGGCAGCCAAGAGGGUGGUGCAAUCUAUUGUCUCUACGGGUGAACCGUACCUACCGUAUCUGCACGACAUGGGCCUGCCGCCCUGGCUCGGUGGUGCAAUGUCAAUGGCAAUCCGUACAAUCUCUGCAUCGUUAGGAGCCGGAGACAGGUAUUUAAUCGACCCUGUACCACCGGAGGACAUCAAAGGUGAGUUCGCCAGAGUAUUCCGGCAGGUCAAAGAACAUGCAGAGACAGAGCACGACAUUAGGAUCCGAUCCGCCUUCUUCAGCUCCCCGAGUUUCUUCAACUCCACAUUGAAUAACCUAGUUGUUGAAGCAGCCAAAGAGGUUGGUAUCAGGGCCAGUACUAUUGUUCUCCCAAGGUCUAUUGCUGUUACCUACACGUAUGACGACGGCCGCAGUGGCGGGAAGGGCAUUCGGUACUUAAUCAUCGACCAGGGAGAAUACCACUGUGACUUGCAUACCGCGCAUAUGGGAGAACCAGACGAUGAAUACAGGAUCAAGGAGGUUUUUCUUCCGAUGGAACCCUUCUCUAGCGCGAAUAUCAACAGACGGCUAGCGGAGAAGUUGAUUGGCGAGUCAAAGGAUAUGAAGAAUCAGGUCGCAUGGGGAGCCAAGAGGGGCGAUCUCUGGCAACCUAUUAAGAAGGCACGAUUUUUGAUCCGAGAUGACAUCGAAUCUGAGAUAAUGGGAGUGGAGAGAUUCGAAGCACAGCAUUUAGACGAAUAUCCCCUGGACUUGAUGAACUGGGGAGACGGGAGUGUUCAGGCCGUGUUGAAGUGGGAAGACGUUCAGAAAGAGGAAAACGAAUUUGUGGACGCGUUGGCAUCAAAUAUCAAGACCGUGAUGGUUGCCCUGAGAGGAUGGCGGAACCAGGAAAGUCAAGGAACACCCAAUGAUAGUGAGACACCAGAGGAGGUUGAUCGCGUCGUCAUCCUAACCUCGCACUACGAUGGACAGUUGAUCAAGAGAGCUGUUCAGUCAGUGGUUGGGGAGUCAGUUGAAGUUAUUGGGGGCACUGUUCGUGGAUUUCAGUUGGCUGCAAUAGGUGCCUCACACGUAGCCCUGGCGACACAUCGCACUAAAGCAUGGACGAACCCGGGAUCGUCCAAGAAACACGACGAGCUUUAGGUUAAGUGUAUGGAUACACGGGCAGACUAUCCCUUGCUGCUUGAUUGCUGAAGUUGCUGACAACUCCUUUUGUGAUAUACUUAUGUGGAGCAGCCAUGGUUGCAACGAUGUCAACAACAGCAUCAACACAAACACUUU